ACUCCGGCGCUGAGGAAGUUCGUCUUCGUGUUCCACCUGUGCCUGGUGGAUUUCUUGGCUGCUCUCACCUUGAUGCCCCUGGAGAUGCUGUCAGGCUCAGCUGUGUUUGACAGCCCAGGGCUGGGUGAGGCCAUGUGCCGCGUGUACCUGUUCCUCAGCGUCUGCUUCACCUCCAUGUGCAUCCUGUCCAUCUCCACCAUCAACGUGGAGCGCUACUACUACGUGGUGCAUCCUCUGCGCUAUGAGGUGAGGAUGACGGUGGGGCUGGUGGCUUGUGUCCUUGUUGGGGUGUGGCUCAAGGCCGUGGCCACCUCCUUGGUGCCCGUGCCGGGCUGGUUGUCCCCUGAUCGCCCUCCGGCCGGGUGCUCGCUGCAGUGGAGCCGAGGGCCCUACUGCAAGUUCUUCGUGGUCUUCUUUGCCACCUUCUACUUCCUCCUGCCCCUCCUCAUCAUCGUGGUGGUCUACUGCAGCAUGUUCAAGGUGGCCAGGGUGGCUGCAAUGCAGCACGGGCCGUUGCCCACCUGGCUGGAGACCCCUCGCCGGCGCUCCGAGUCCCUCAGCAGCCGUUCCACCAUGGUCACCACCUCGGGGGCACCCAGGACCACCCCGCAGAGGAC